UGGCUUUUCGACGGCGGGACGUGACGUCACAAACUUCAAACCAACUUGCAGCUCUUUUCUAAUCGAGUUGUCUAAAAAAGUGGAAGCGAGUGGAUUCCAACAGCAAACAAAAUGGUUAAAGUCAAAUGUUCGGAACUCAGAACGAAGGACAAGAAGGAGCUGACCAAGCAACUCGAGGAGCUCAAGACGGAGCUGCUCAACCUCCGUGUGGCUAAAGUCACCGGAGGAGCUCCUUCAAAGCUCUCCAAAAUCCGCGUUGUUCGCAAAGCCAUCGCUCGAGUGUACAUUGUGAUGAACACAAAGACGAAGGAGAACUUACGCAAAUUGUACAAAGGCAAGAAAUACGUCCCACUGGAUCUGCGCCCAAAGAAGACUCGCGCCAUGCGUAAAGCUCUGUCUCCCGGUGAAGCCGCCCGGCUAACAUUGAAGGAACAGCGGAAGCGCGCCAAGUUCCCCAAACGAACAUAUGCCGUGAAAGCCUAGGAUAUUUGAUCAAAUAAACGCUGGAUAAGUCAUUUCAUGGUUUAUUAA